AUGGAUUGUAAAAGUAUAUCUCAACGAGUUUUUGAUGGCCGCAGUUCCACAAAACAUUUGAAACGACCAAUUGCGUUCAUUAGAAAUGUCUUCACGGUAUUCUAACAAAAAAUCCCAAUAACUAACUAAAUAUUCGACAAUUUUUUUAAGGGUUACGCAUUUCAAGAGAUGCUUCUCUCUUCGGAUUAUCAUCCAGACAAUACAUAUUGCUAUUCUGUUGACAAAUAUUCAACAACUGGAAUAUUUGAAAAUCUUCAGAUUCUCUCAAAAUGUUUGCCAAACGUUAUUCUGAAUCCAACUAGAUAUUAUUUCAAUUCAAGAGGACGUUUUCAAAGUAGAGCGCAAUUCAAAUGUCUGGAAUUUAGUUUGAAUAGAACUUGGAGGCAUGCACUUUUUCUCCAGGUAAUUCUGAAGAUUGUAAAAAGUGUCAAAAUAUUUCAUUUCAGAAUCACGACCUUGUCUUGAAACCAGCUGAUCAUUUAUCAGAAUUCAGUGAACUUUUAAAUGACACAAGUGCGAUGUUUUUCGAAGAUCCACAUGAAGGUUGGUAUCCUAAAGAUGCUGAUUGGACACCUGCCGGGCUCAAACUUUUCAAAUCGGAAGCCGAAGUUUCUCAAGCUAUUUUACAUAAACCACUGAGAGUUUGGAAAGGUUUCAAUGAAAUUAUAGUGUCAAGAGUGUUCAUUGAAUCUAUGUUCGAUAAAUUGAACCUGGAGGAGAUUAUGAAUUUAUUCGAUCAGAGAAAGGUAAUUGUAAUAAACCAUGGGAAAUUGGCCUGGCCUCAUGUUGUCCUGUCCUUGAACAUGGUCUAAACUUGUCCUGGCUCUAACAUGGCUUGAACAUGUCCUAAAGCCAUAUGCCCAGCCUCGCGUGAACAAAAAAUAGCAGAGAAAUUUUUUUCUCGAUGGAAGCUGGAUUUUUUUCGAAAUUUUGGACAUUUUUGAUUUUUUCCCCUUUUUUUCCGAAAAUCAUACCUUCGAGAACACGUGAUCUAACCACUGAAUUCAAAACAAACUGGAGAUCGCGUGCAUAAAAAUAUGAAAAAAUUAAUCUACCUAUGAAAUAUUUCAUGGUUUGUUUUUCAAUAAAAUCUGGAAGCUGAUCAUAUAGCUUCAAAUGCAAUUCAAAGCUUCAUCUAAUCAUUUUAACAAAGUAAUUUAUAAACAACUUUCCUUUAACAUCACUAGUAAUUAUGAAUAAAAAACUUUACCCAAUAUUUUUCAAUAAAGCUCUAAUCUCACCUGUUAGUUUUGUCCCCCCCCCCCCCCCGAACCUCAAAAUAAACUAACUUGACUUGCCCGUUCCGUGAAAAGUUGUUGAUCUCUUCGAAUGUCCUGUCCAAACGAAACCACUUCUUGUUCGGAACCCUGAAACUUCUACAUUAUUUUUCUCAAAAUUUUCGCCUAUUCUUAAACUUACAUCAGAAAAUGACAAUUGUGGAUUUGAUGAAAUCCCUGCAUUCGGUAACUGUUGUCUCUGAAAAAAAUAAGAAAAUUAAAAAAUGUACCAAAUCACCCCAUUAAUAACUUUUUAUGCGCUAAAAAAAUCCCAGAAAAACCAGAAAAAAACCAAAAAUAAAAAUGUCGUGCAAAAAAAAAAACAACGAUAUUCCGCGUGCGCGUUGUUUAGCGUGUUUAUUUUGUUGUUGUUUUUUGCAGGGUAGAUGAGAGAGUGUGGGAAAUGGAGAGUGGGUUAGAGAGAGAGAGAGAAAGAGAGAUGUUUUUCAUUUGAAAAGUAAUUAUUGAUUGAACGUUUUUUUUAACUGAAUCAUUUUUCUGGUUUUGUGUGAUUUGGUACAUUUUUAAUUUUCUUAUUUUUUUAGAGACAACAGUCACAGAAUGCAGGCGUCCCAUUAAAUCGACAAUUGUCAUUUUCUGAUGUAAGUUUAAGAAUAGGCGAAAAUUUUGAGGAAAAGAAUGUAGAAGUUUCAGGCUUCCGAACAAGAUGAUUUUUCGUUUGGACAGGACAUUCAAAGAGAUGAACAACUUUUCACGGAACGGGCAAGUCAAGUUAGUUUAUUUUGAAGUUUGGGGGGGGAGACAAAACUAACAGGUGAGAUUUGAGCUUCAUUGAAAAAUAUUGGGUAACGUUUUUUAUUCAUAAUUACUAUUGAUGUUAAAGGAAAGUUGUUUAUAAAUUACUUUGUGAAAAUGAUUAGAUGAAGCUUUGAAUUGCAUUUGAAGCUAUAGGAUCAGCUUCCAGAUUUUUUUGAAAAACAAACUAUGAAAUAUUUCAUAGGUAGAUUAAUUUUUGCACUUCACAAUUUGUAUUCCCAGGCGUAACUUUUUUGAAAGAAUUAUUUUUUUUCUCCCGUCAGCUAACGAGGGAAGUGUGUGACGAGUCCCCGGAGAUUUUCAAUGAGACCUAUGUUCUUUUGGUCAGUUUUUAACGCUGAUAAAAAUCCUGUUUUCAAUUUUUGCUGAACGACUCUCUGAAGAGCCCAAAAAUGAGCCAAAAGUUGAGAAUUUCGUGACAAAUUUUGACAAAAUUUUCCAAAAUUUUUCAAAUGUGCAAUCCAUGACCUGAGCCUAUUUUCUGAGCCACAAAAUGUUUUUCUGAAAAAGUAUGGAUUUACUAACCAAAAAUUUGUGACUUUGGAAAAUCGACCCUCCUAAACAACGUGAUGCAUUCCGUUUCCCAUAAAAAUAAUUUCUAACAUGAGUUAUGGGCUCUCAAAAACGCGAUUUUCACGAAAUUCUCAACUUUUGGCUCAUUUUUGGGCUCUUCAGAGAGUCGUUCAGCAAAAACUGAAAACAGGAUCUUUAUCAGCGUGAAAAACUGACCAAAAGAACAUAGGUCUCAUUGAAAAUCUCCGGGGACUCGUCACACACUUCCCUCGUUAGCUGCGAAAUAUAGGGUUUUCUUCAAAAUUUAGAAUUUUUGAGGAUUUUCUGACUGUUUCGCCUAGGGGCACCGCCCCUAGUCUGCAUUAAAAAAAAUAAAAAUGCCAACGUGAGGCCAGAUUCCCCAUCCCUGAUUCUAUACAAUCAUUUUUGUUUGAAGUUCUAUGGUGUUGAUGAGAUGUUGCUUCAAACAUUAUAUCGAAACUAUCUUGGAUUGGAAGGUCAACCAACAUCAAAUUGCACUAAUUUUGUGCCGGAUACAAUUAUACGAUGGACAGAUUGGACAAAUCGAGGGACCUCUGGAACAUUUUAUGAAUUUUGUAAAUCUAAACUCGAAAGACAUUGGAUUUGUAUCAUGGGCGUGGAAUAUUUGGCAGAUUUUAUGAAUACAAAUUUUGUGAUAGCAAAUAAGGUUCUAGAGAAUUAUGACGUUGGACCAGUUAUUUGCUUGAAAGAACUGUUCCAGAAAAAUGAAAUUAAGAAGAGGAUAACAAGAGAUGACCUUCAAAACUAUCCGCAAUUUCGAGAAAUGGAAAUGAAACAUUUUGGGACUUAUGAGAAGGAUGAUUUUCAGUGUAAUAAGUAA